AUGACCGAGCACCUCUCCUCCAACGUCGUCAACUACCUGGUCUGGAGGUAUCUGCAAGAGGCUGGAUACGCCAAAGCAGCGCUGGCGCUGGCGCAUGAUUGGAACGAUGAGCCCGAGACGCUGCCCUUCGCCGACAAGGUCCAGACGCACACUCUUCUGCGCAUGCUCCAGGAUGGCCUGUGGCUGGACGAUAUGCGCGCCGCCGCCUCCAAUGGCACCGAGGAGCGUCGCUACCAAUUCGGCCACGACCACGGCCGUCCGUUUGCCCGUUAUAAUGGCGAUGCGCGCCGCCGGAAAACCCUGUCGAGCCGCCGCGUGCGCAAGGACGACGUCAAUGGAACCGGGGCUGACGGAGACGCCCCCGCGCGAAAGAAGAAGAAAGGCAGUAAUGAGGCACAGGCUCGGUUGAACGGCGACAUGGAGAUAGAAACCAACGGCGCGCCCGCCGAGUCGGAAGCCGUUGUUUCGGAUGCUGAAUCAGUCGUCGAGGAAGAAGUGGCGCCCUUGGUCACCACCCUGAGCCUCGGAGAAAGCAGCGUGCUGCAGACGGAGAAGAUGAUCGAUCUGGGUCCUCAAACCACAUUCCUGCGGAUCAACGAGCCCGGCGCCACCGUGGUGCAUACCGAGUGGAGCCCCACGGAGCCGCAACUCCUCCUGACCGCUGGCGAAUCAUUGUUACGCAUUUAUCACAUCCCGAAUUCAUCUCAAACGCAGCAAGACACGCCGGCAGAACCCGUGUCGCGAGACCUAGACAUCGGCCUGAACCGCCCAACCGUCACCGCUGUGGCCUGGACCUUGCCUGGCGAAGCACUCAUUGGCACGCUGGAAGAUAUGACUGCUGAUAGCGGCGAAAAGAUGACCAAGGGAAAGCUCUAUCAUCUGAGCGAAGGUGGGCUGCAGACUCGCUUGGUCACAGCCGUGCUUGGCAGCGUGUUCGCCCUGCGUUACAACGCACCGGCGAACCUCCUUCUCAGCGUCUGCAGCACAGAUGUCAAUUCGCGCAUCUGCCUGUGGAAGGAGAUAAAGCAGGAGCCCCUCUACAGCGCACAGACGGAUCGCCCCGUGUUUGCCGCCGAGUGGAUGAGCGACUCGACAUUUGUUGUGGCCGGUUACGGGAUUCUUGAGGUCUACGAAAUCACUGCUGAAAAUAAACUGGUAGUCCAAAAAUCUUUCACAACAAGCACGCGCUGGGAAAACCUGCGUUACGAUGCCGUCUGCAACAUCAUAGCCUGUAGCAGUGCUUCCGACGAAGCCCAUCCCCGGCUCGGUCUCAUUCUUCCGGGAGACACCGAAAUCCGCACGCAUGACUUCGCACCGGGCGAAGAUAUCACCGGCCUCGAGUUCCAACCGAUCACCAACCCAGCCUCGCAUGGCGCCGAAUCGCCUCGUCUGCUUGCGACAUCCUCCGACUCGGGCUUCUGGACGGUCCAGUUCUGGAACGCGAAGAAGCCAUUUGAGAACGUGCAAAGAUUCUCAAGCGGUUCUGUGAUUGAAAUCGCCUUCUCACCAGACAGCUACCUUUUGGCCGCUGCUGGAACCGACACGAUAACCUUCUGGGACCCAGAAGCAGGGAUUUCAAAAGCCAAGUGGAAACCAAUAGACAAUGAGGAGCAGAAAUGGGACACCACCUUACCGGAUGCACGAGACACGGAGCUGGACCAUCUGUUGAGAUGGGAUGCAGAUGGCAAGAAGCUGGCGUAUAAGCUGGGGAACCAGGUUGCGAUUAUCAAUUUCUGGUCAAUGAAUCCCACGACGCAGAAAGUGUAA